AUGACGCGUGAAACCUAUAUUCGUUCCGCUUUCCUCCGGCUUGUUCACGGGGUGUAUGCGGUGUCACUGCUUACAACAUUCGCGGCAUUCAUGAAUUUGAAUUUGCACGAAUUUGGCGGUUUAUGGAAAAAUAUUAUUCCUUUUUCUUCUGGAGCUGAAGGAUCUCUGAACGUGCAUUCCUGUGUUGCAGAUUUUCUUGUUUCCUCUCUUCGGGACUUGACCUAUGUCACAUACGAUCAGGUUCUGCCUGAAAAGAUCGUGUUUCCAGUAUGCGACUCUAUAUCCGGGCCGCUUUGCCCCCAUAUAAAGUUUCCUCCUCUUCUUCCUGCUGAGCCGGAAUCUCGAGCUCGACGGCUCCACGGAUUCAGCAAACCUGUUGGUGCCUAUUCAGCAUAUUUGCAUCGUCCACUGUUGGUAGGAGGAGGGGGAGAUGCAGGAAGCAACAGCAGCAGCAACAGCAGCAGCAGCAGCAGCAGCAGCAGAGGAGCUUCUCCUUUUGUUCAUCUGGAUACAUCUCGCACGUAUCUGCAUGCAGAGCCUCUCUCUGCUUCUCGUAUUCAGCGGCAUAGUGUUGAGGAGCCGUAUACUAUAAGGGGUCAAUACCUAGAGGAUGGUGUUGGUGAUGUUUCGUCUCCGUCUUUUUCGGAUGCAGUUUCAACAGCAAUAGGUCAUUUAGGAGCUGUUCAGGAGGAGGAGGAGGAGGAGGAAGUGCAUGUAUUGCCUCUAACGGGUGCAAUAAAAGACAGUUUCACAGCGGAGCCAUCAACCUAUGGCUCUAUUCUGAAUAUACGGGGCCCCCCAGUACCCCUUUCUACAUAUGCUGAGCUGGAUAGCCACGAAGGUUCUUUCUUACACUCAAAUUUAUUUGUUCCUUUUGGUAUUUGGGUUACAGCAACACCCAGAACACCCUCUCCCAGCUGCAGCGCGGAGGCCCUCAAGCAAUCGAGGGCCCUCGUGCUCGUUGUGCAGGGCCUGCAAGAUGAAGAGCUUAUAUUUACUGCUGAGGUUCCCCUAUACGAUAUCUUGGGGCUGCAUGCAUCCGCCCCCCGCGCGAGCUCCCCCCCCAACAGCAACGACGACAACCAGCAACAGCAGCAGCAGCAGCAGCAGCAGCAGCAGCAGCAGGAGCAGGAGCAGCAGCAGGAGGAGGAGGAUGAAGGUUCUAUUCCUCCUGCGACGUAUAGAUUUGUGAAUGCUUUAGAUUAUGUAAAAACAACGCCGCUGCAACGUAUUGAUAUGCUGAGGUUUAGUUAUGGGAUAUUCCAGCAGAAGCACCCGUUCUCUCUCUCCAUCAACUCUCACAACUCAAACUCGUUUUCUUUAGAAAGGUAA